AUGGCUCCUCCCGCAGCCUCGUCUGAGGGUGUUUCCGCCCAAUCAGACCUUGGCGACACCGACGACACUUCAUCAUUAGUACGUUCGAUUGACAUGGAUCAACUGGGCUCAAGCCGAGAGAUGGUGUCCCUUUCCGCCCGCUCGACGUUGGAACCCCGCCGUGAGGGACUUAGACCAGGAGGAAUUGCCGCAGUAGUCAUCGGUGUUGUCUUGUUUUUCGUCCUGGCCAUCAUUUGCGCUUUUCCCUUCGUCAUCCGUCGCAUUAGGAGAAGUAAGAGCAGGAGGAAUGGAGCCAACCGACUCGACACGGCGGAAACCGCCUUCAUCCCCCCGCCUCUCCGUCCCUCGGGCCCGGCUCCGGCGACGGGUCCUGGUGCCCCCAGCCGUAUGUCCUCCAAAGACACUCUUGGCCAUAAGAUUGGAGGAAGGGAGAGACAGUCGACCAAGGAGAUGACCAUCUCAUCCCACAACGGCAUCGAUGCCUCCCACAGCGACGACUUAGGGAGCCAUCAGCGCGGCUAUACCGGCGAUGAGGGCACCCACCCGCCAAGCGUGACGACCAGACGCGGAACCGACCACUCAUUCGGCCGCUCGCCAACAUGGAAGAGCGAGACCUCGUACCCUUGGACUCCUGUGGGCUUAGAGCUGGUUGCUACCCGGGCUGAUGGGAUGGACUACUCGGAAGCUACUCACGGACACAGCGCCGCCUAUUAUAGCCCGAUAGUCCCAUCAGAGGCCUUUGGCAUGAUUACUCCCCCUCCUACCGACGAACCAGUUUCCCGAGCUCCGCCGCCGAGACGGUCCAGCUCACUCGCGAGCUCGCUUAAACAGAACCUCAUGAGCAUGAUGGGUGGUCGUUCAAGCACCAAGGAUUCUAUGAACACCCGGUCCAAGGCCAUCUACCAGCCCCAGCCAACAUCGGAUGUCCUCAGGGAAGGGUUGUCGGAUUCGCCUACUGAGCUUACAGGUCCCUCCUUUCCACCUCCAUCAACCCGACAGCUUGGCUCGCCCAUGCAUUUCAAGCCGCCUAGUCCUCCGUCUGAACCCGAUCAUGCACGAGAUAUGGAAACGAAGAAAGAGAAGCCGGCAUCACCGCCGAUUCUACCGCCUACCGUUCCACCGCCCGGUACCGUCAACCCAAUGGAUAUCAUGGCACCCUCAAAUCCAACAGAGCAUAACUGGCACACCAACCAGCAGCUGUACAACAUAGCCCACCCGCCACCGAAACCGCCCGUUGAGCCUGAACCGUCACAAGCGCCUACGCCUCAAUCCCCGGAACAACCUUUCGAGCAUCACCAACAGUACCUACAGCAGCAACAGCAGCAGCAAGAGCAAGAGCAAAAGCAAAGACAGGAGCAACAGAAAUACCUGCAGCAGGAAACUCAGCAUCAGCAGUGGCCCCAGGCAGAGUUAUCUAAUGGAGCGCCAAAUUCGAACAGUAACGGGCAUGCUCAGACAAAUGGUUGGGCGACGAAAGGCGAACCGGCCAUUGGCCCGGAUAUUCAUAUGAACGAGGCUCCUCGGCCAGUCGACCCAAGCCACCUCAUGCCCAAUCAUGCCAAUCAUCACUACUACGAGACCGAAAUGACUGAUCCCUCUGAGCACUCGCCUCAACCGGGCGGCCAUGCGUCUUCCGGCGCAUCCUACCAGACCACACCCAACACUCAGAUCGAUAGCAGCCCGUCUCCGCGGUCUGAUGGUAGCUCGGAUAUUCGCAACAGCACCUCGCCAUAUCCUGGGCUGCAACAAUCUCCCCGUUCCUUUAUGUGCGAUGAAUGUGGCAGGUUUUUCGAUCAGGUGCACAAGUUGAAUCACCACAAGAGGUACCAUGAGAGGCCCCAUGAGUGUAUGCACCCGAAUUGCGGCAAGAGGUUUGGAACCAAAACUCACUUGGACCGCCACAUCAACGAUAAGCAUAAGAAAACGAAGAAAUUCCACUGCACUGUCAGCACCUGCCCCUAUUCUAAGGCUGGGGGCAAGUCUUUCCCACGAAAGGACAACUGGAGGAGACAUAUGGUGAAUAUCCACCAAGUCACGCCUAUGGGCGAUCCGGAACCAGACAUGAUCGAUGAAACUAUGGGAGGAACCUGA